GUAAGCAGUGACGGAAUGGAGGAGGCGGCUCUCGACUUUCUUCCUCGUUCGUCUUCGCCCUCAUUAACUCUUCUCUCUGCAACAAUCACAGUUCUCACUCUUCUUCUCUCCCUUCCUCCACAAUGCCGAAGAAUCCUGUCAAGUACUUCGUGGUCGAUGCCUUCACUGACACUCCCUUCAAGGGAAAUCCGGCGGCUGUUUGUCUAUUAGAGGAAGAAAAAGAUGAUAAAUGGCUGCAGGAUUUGGCCGCUGAGUUCAAUAUCUCAGAGACGAGUUAUUUGGUUCGCAUAAACGAGGAAGAAGAAACCGAUGGCUCGCUCAAGCCGCCCAAGUUUGGCCUCAGAUGGUUCACUCCUGUUACUGAGGUUAACCUCUGUGGUCAUGCAACAUUGGCGGCUGCACACACACUCUUCUCAACUGGUUUAGUAAAUUCAGACAUUAUUGAGUUUUCAACGCUUUCAGGAAAACUAACUGCUAAAAGGGUUCCGGAGGUCAAGCCAAAUGGGGUUUCCAAUGUCCAUAACGGUGAAGCACACGAGAGUUACUUUAUUGAAUUGGAUUUUCCAGCAAUCUCGUCGAUUGAAGUCGAUUCUGCUGAUGUUUCAUCCGUCUCCAAAGCAUUGAAUGUUGCUUCUAUGAUUGACAUAAGGAUGACUGUCUCAAAGAAUUUGGAUAAUAUCUUGGUUGUUCUUCCUUCAGAAAAAGAAGUAAUAGAUUUUGAACCUAACUUUGAUGAGAUACGAAAGUGUCCAGGAACUGGGGUAAUCAUAACUGGAGCACCCCUUGGUGAUUCAAAGUUUGAUUUUUAUAGCCGAUUCUUCUGCCCCAAAUAUGGGAUCAACGAGGACCCUGUAUGUGGUAGUGCACAUUGUUCCUUGGCAGUCUAUUGGGCCAAAAAGUUGGGAAAAUCUGAUUUUGUGGCUUAUAUGGCAUCACCUAGAAGUGGAAUAUUGAAUAUCCAUCUAGACGAGCAGAAAAAGAGAGUUCUGUUGCGAGGGAAAGCUAUUACAACCAUGGAAGGUGUUGUUUUAGUUUGAAGCUUUGGUGUUAGAUGUCACGGUCAUGCUCGUCCAAGGCGUGUGUUGCCCAUUACAAGCCCAACUCUUUAUGUCUUUUCAUAUUGUAGUGUUUUACUUUUGUAUUUCUAGGAAGUAUGACUUUUCAGAAAUAUCAUGUCUAGGCUUGUUAGACCUGAAAUGUCCCAGAAUGUUAUAUAUUGUGAGCCGUUGUUAUUUCUC